AUGGCCUCGUCGAAGAACGUUGUUUUCGACGUCGUGGGAACCCUAGUCUCUUACGACCAAGUCUUCGCCGCCAUCGACACCCAGCUCGGCGACCGUCUGCGCGCUGAGGGCAUCAAGCCUCAGUUAUUGGGAAACGCCUGGAUAGAUACCGCCGAGCGCGAAUACACGAACCUCAGCCUCUCAGGCAAAUACACAAUCUUCGCAGAGGUCUCCCGCGCCGUCUUCUACCGCGUGCUAUGGAUGGCGGGUAUUGCCGAGCCGCGUGCGUUUGCCUCGUCCGAGGACCUUGAGUUGAUCAUGCAAGGAUUUGAUUCCCUGACCAUGCGCCCCGGUGCCGUCGAGUGUGUACAGAAACUGCGCGAUGCCGGGUUCACGGUCUGGGCGUUUACGGCGGGGGAUCGAACUCGCGUAGGUGCUUAUUUCCAGACCGCUGGUAUUGAGCUGUCGUCUGAGAAUCUGCUUUCGUGUGACUCGGACGGCGUGGGCAAGCCGGAACCUGCGGCGUAUCGCCCCUUGCUGGAGCGGCUGCUGGCAAAGAACGAGGGGAAGCCGCCGUGGUUUGCGGCGGCGCAUAUGUGGGAUGUGUCUGCUGCAAGGAGGACUGGGUUUAAAGGCGCAUACUGUACGGUGUUGGAGAAGGAACCGCUGCAGGAGCUAUUCGGCGAGAUGGAUGUGAUCGAGGAUACUCUGCCGGCUAUGGUAGAUAGAAUUAUUGCUAUCCAGGCAUCUGAUUGA